UCCCGCUCUCCGCACAGGAAACUACCGCUAGCUCAAGCCUCUCUCUACCUUUCUCCAUUCACAGAAAAGAAAAACUACUACAACCAUGAGGAGAAUCAGUGGGCUUUCUACGUCUUCCCUCCUGGUGCUGGUUUGUGCGUUACUACUUACAAAUGAAGUAAAAUGCCAGGAUGACUCCACAGAUGCUCCUUCUACAGCUUCAGUUCCAGCAGGUGAUGCGGGGGAUGCCACUGGCCAGACCCCUGCCCCAGAUGCUUCAGACUCCACUGGGGCAGACAGCGCUGUGACUCAGGCCCCUGGAGACCUCUCUGUAAUCACUGUAAACACUGUAGCUGCAGAGGUCUCUGCAGUGGAGGCCGUUCCUAUCAUGCCCGAAGUGAAGUGUGUGGGAAAAGAGGAAAUCACGGAGAGUAACGCCGUCAAGGCCAGUGUGGCGACUAAUGACUGUGCAACAACUAAGAGGAUCAUUGAAGCUGUCCCUGCAUACUGGUGCAGUAAACAACAGGCCUGUACACUCAACCUGCAUCAAGACGCCAACACUGUGCUCCUGGAGAGUGAGGGCGCCAAUUUGGGCACUCUGGCCUCAGCUCUCCAAAGUGAAGAGAUGAAACCGCUUGGUGCUAGAGAUGUGAAAUACUCUUCGUCCUCUGGCUCCUCUGUGUUCGUGGGGAUCCUGGUCACUGGUCUGCUGGCUGCUCUGGCUCUCACUGUGGGCUACUUCAAGUGUCAGCGCAGACCCAGCCCCAAAGGAGAACGUCUGGCAGAGGAGGGCACCCCGGUGGACCAGCAGAACCAGGCCAACACUCUGGCAUCGGAUGCCCCCCUCAACCCUCCACCUGAGACCCCCGAGAAGCCCAGUGCCAACGGAGAGGCGCCCGAGGGAGACAAGACCCCGGCCCCGCCCACUAACGGCCACUCUACUCCUGCUAAUACUGCAGAUACCGAGCUGUGAAAACCUCCAUUCAACACAAUACACAAUACACACCUACAACCACACCAUCACGAUUUCACUACUUCAGUACUGCAGUUUACUUAAAAGGCUCAUUUAUAGUUUCAUUCCAGAUAGCGGCCUAAAGAUGAUUGGUUUUGAUGUGAUUUCUACAUAUAAGCCUAUAGUCAAUUUUAAAUCUGCACUCUGUAACUUUCAGGUGUGACUUUCCCACCAGCAAAGCUACAUUUACACUUUUAGUUUGAUAUUAGGCAAGCUUGUUAAGUUAUUCAACAUACGAAUCUUACUUUCUUAAUCAAUAGGUAUUAUAAGUGAAAAUAAACGGGUAAAUGGUUAGGUACAGUUUGUGAAAUAAGAAAAUUAUAAUUAUAUCUGAGCUGAGUGUCCUGGACUAUUUGGACAUCUCAAGGUCGCUUACCAAUGUUUCCUCUAAAAACAUCUUGGUUAUGUCAGUCCAAUCCAACUUUAUUUGUAUAGAACAUUUCAUCAACAAAAAGUCUCUAAAGUGCUGUUCAGAGUAGGCACGAAAUAAAUAAACAAAAUUGAACAAAAUGAACAAAAUAUGGCGUAGAACAUCCAUAAAGUCCAUAAAAAACUAAAAUUAUCAAGCAGCAAGGAGCAAGUGAUUUUAAGAUAAUUGAAGGUGACUGAUGAAAACGUGGCUGCCAAUUUACAACAAUGGCCAGUCCACCAGACACCAACCAUCUCUCACUUCACAGUGCCUUGCCCAUGGACAUAUCAACAGUAACACAGCAGUAUACACUAGACCUAGACAUAGACUUGGACAAACGUGGUUCAUCCACAACAAAAAUUGUAUGGACACAGUAGCUCACACAUCACAAUAUAAUAUAAUAACAAAGAGCAAAAGUAUAAAUGGUAAUAACAAAUUCGAAAAAUAGUAGCAAAAAUACCUAAAAAGUUAAAGGGACAGUUCAGAACUUUGGACACAGGACCUCAUUUCCUACUUAACCAGAAUGUUGGAGACAUGUGGAGACACUUUUUAAAUAUUCCAUCCAGUCCUUGUAUUUGCAGAGGUCACUGGUCCUAGGCUAGUACAUGUCAAUGGCCAUAGCUAUCCUGUCUUACUCACUCCACAAAACACCUGAAGUAAAUCUUAUAUUACACCAAACUGUCGACGUGAAUGUCUGUGUUGAUAGAAUAAUGUUUGAAAUAAAACUAACCUUGCAUCGCAUGAAUUGUAGCAUGUCGAGGGACUAUUUUUUCAUAUAUCAGUCCACCGCUGCCAAGCUUUCUGUCUGGAAGUACAACUCGCUGCUGCUGCUCAGACAUAAAUCCUUCAAAUGCAAGGUUGGUUUUACUUCUAAAAUUAUUCUAUCAACACAGACAUUUACAUGGACAGUCUGGCGUAAUAACAGAUUUGCUUCGGGUGCUUUGUGGAGUGUUUUUAGUGACAGGCUAACUAUGGCCAUUGAUAUGCGCUAGCCUAUCACCACCAGCAACCUCUGCAAAUACAAGGACUGGAUGGAAUAUUUCAAAAAGUGUCUACACACAUCUCCAACACUCAACACUAACUAGGAAAUGAGGUCCUAUGUACAAAAUUCUGAACUGUCCCUUUAAAGCUGAGACCACACCGCCAUUCUUCCAGAGCACCAUUGGACUAUAAAUGAGCCUUUAAAGUACAGAUGCUUAUGUCUUCUUUUGGUUCAGUGCCUGUAUACACAUUAGAGUGGAGAUAGUGAGGGGCCUCCGUGAGUUAUGGCAGUGACGGAGCAGACGUGUCCCUCGGGUGGGUGACUGCAGAGGGGUUGGACGGGCUGACGAGGGCGGGUCAGGGUGGAGGCUGGACAGACAGAAAAGUUUAUUAUGAUGAUUAAUGACUUAUGCAACCUCUAGAGUCUACAGUAUGGGCCCCGCGCUGUCAACACCCAAAACGAGGGCUGCAAUAUUUUAAAAUAACAUUGCGAGUUUUCUGACAAGUGUUGCAAUUGUGAUUAGACUUGCAAUUAUGUUUUAAAAAGUAGGAUUCUGUUCAAGAACAAGAGGUACAAGACUAUAAAAAGACUGGAUAUUUUGUUCUUUGCACAGUUUGCAGAGGUCUUUUUUAUUAUUAUCUAAAUUAUUGCAGCCUUUGUGAUUUGAGAACUGUGCCAACUCAAACUGCAAUUUAAAUUCUACGGCGAUUAAUAGUGUAGCCCUACCCCAAAAACUGUCUCUGCACACCAUCAGGACAGAACACAGCAUGGCCAUAUUACAACUAGGGAUGUCAUCAUAUCAAAUUCUAGUGUUUAGUCAUGAUUUUGCAAAUAUAAUAUAUAUUGAAAUAGGGUCAGUCCAUAUGAAAUCAGCCGCCCUCCCCUAUGAGCCAUCUCAGCCACAAAUAAUCUCCAAUUGUCUUCCUUUAUAACAAGCAAAUAGUGUUUAAGGCUGUUAAAGGUAAUUGAACCUUUCUAGCAGGUGGAGAAGUACCUAAGCUCUACCAAAAUUACCCAUGAGAGCUUGUUUUUCAAAAAUUCAGUUUGGAAUGAAGGACGUUAAUAGUAGAGGUUUUUAUUAAUUUAAAACAAUCAGAAUCUUCCAAAGUUUCUCUGGUAAAAAUUUUAUCAACAUCUAACUGUGCCCACAAUCCACAAGGGGAACUGAGGGUCCAAAGAAGGGGCCAAAAAGAUCCCAUUUGGUCUGUGACCAUAUUUGGGACUCUACACCAUCCACAUGAAAAGCUAAGAAUAGUGUGAGAUUGCUAUCAGAAAUGGUCAUUCUCUCAAAUAUUCAAGUUCAACAGUUAGUUUGUAAUUAUCUGCUUGGAGUAAAUGGAUCUUGGACCUCAAAAAUUGAAAAAAAAUAAAUAAAUUGAGUGGCAACCAAAUGUGAGACUUUGGGGGUCCACAUCACUCCCCUAAAGAUACCCAAUAUUGACAAGGGAUUUAGAAUCUAUGACCAAGAAUCUACAAUAAUUCUAAUAAAAGCUUCCUAGCUCUAUUUUUUAUGAAGUUAUGGUCUCUCAAAAAUGCUUAUAAAUGAAGAUUCUCGAAAAAGUGAGCAUGACCCCAAAAUUUCAGCAGGUCAAAACUCAGGAAAGACUGAAGGUAUUGAGCUAAAAUUUUAGAUUCUUUCAUUUGGUAAUUUUAGAAAUUUUUAAAAAGAAUUUCAGCAAAAUCUGAGGUAGCUCAGAGGGGAGAUUCCUUGAAAAUGACUGAUUUCAUAUGGACUGACCCAUUAGAGAAGUUACAUACUGCAUCUUCAGUAUACUUCCAUCACAUUGUUUUUUUCUGUGAAUGAAGACUCUGACUAGCUUUACAAAACAAACUUUCAAAAUUCAAAGGCAACAUUUUAUGUGUGUAGAUUCAGAUUACUUCUGCAUACACAGGACAUUUCUUUAUCUUGACAUCCCUGUUUACAAGAUACAGAACCCCUUCACAAAAGGACAGAUGGACAGAUAUAGGAAAAGACCACACUGCCUUGAAUCUGUUUACAUGCAUUUGGCUUGACUCUGUAAGUAUGUUAACGAGUGGUGCAUGAGCGAGUUAUGGUAAACUUGUUUAAGUCAUGCAUGGACUGUAUAUAGCCACACAUGCAUCUAGCUUCUGUUGUUGACUGUACUGUAUGGACUACAACAAUCACGUAAAUACUGGGACACUGUGUGAAAUGCAAAAUAAUGAUGGGAUUUUUCAUUUCAAAUAAUAUUAAAAAAGAAUGAUAAAAAAUAAAAUGGAAAAUUAAAAUUAAAGGGACAAUCCGGAAUUUUGGACAUAGGACAUCAUUUCCUAGUGUUGGAGACAUGUGGAGACACUUUUUAAAAUAUUCCAUCCAGCCCUUGUAUUUGCAGAGGUCGCUGGUGCUAGGCUAGUGCAUGUUAAUGGCCAUAGUUAGCCUGUCUUACCUACUGCACAAAACACCCAAAGCAAAACUAUUAUUACACCAGACUGUCGAUGUAAAUGUCUGUGUUGAUAGGAUAAAGUUUGAAAUAAAACUAACCUUGCAUCACAUGAAUCGUUGAGGGACUAUUUUCUCAGCAGCAGUGGAAUCUUACUUUGCUGGUAAGGUAGGUGCUAGGUGAUAUCAGUCCGCAGCUGCCAAGCUUUCUAUCAGGAAGUACAACUCACUGCUGCUGCUCAGACAUAAAUCCUUCAAAUGCAAGGUUAGUUUUAUUUCUAAAAUGAUUCUGUCAACACAGACAUUUACAUCAACAGUCUGGGGUAAUAAUAGAUUUGAGUCGGUUGCUUUGUGUAGUGGGUAAGACUAACUAUGGCCAUUGACAUGCGCUAGCCUAGACCUAAAUGAGGUCCUAUGUCCAAAAUUCUGGACUGUCUUUUUAAAUGGAAUUAAAUUAAAAUUAAAUUUCAUACAUCAUUUUAUUUUUUUGCUCAUCAAGGUUUUUUUUUUUGUUUUUUUUUUUAAUGGGUUUUAAUAAUUUGACAUUAUACACUGCGUCCCAGUUUCUGUGUAAUUAUAAGUGGUCUGGACUAAUAUUGAGUGUGCUGUUUGAGAGUUCAUGUGACAUUAGCCUUGAAAACUGUUUUAAAAAAUCAUGUAUAAAAUCUUUUGAAAAAUUGCGAAGGGAUACAAAGAAGUAUGUGACGAGGAGACAAGAGCUUCGAAUUCUCCAAUGACAACUUGAUUCAAACUCGAACAACAUAAGUAUCUCCAUCUUACCAGCUCUGCCUCCUAUCAGUGUUAAUAUGACUUUAAAUAUAAUGUAUAUUCUUUGUAUGUGUUUGCAGUGGUGGACAGUUUUGUAUGUUGUUUUAACUCUAUACCACUUGUUACUGUGUGAGUUGUACCAAAGAAACUUGUACUGCUUUACAAUCUUUGCAUACCAAAUUAACCAUGCUAUCUUCCAAAUAUGACUUGUAAAUAAAAGCAGAAGAGAUCUUUGUCCAAUGUGUUUCUCAUCUGAAGCUUUUGUAUCACUUUUGUAUUGCUAACAUUCCUAUGCAACUGUUACAAAAACCCUGACAUCAAUUGGAUGAAUAAACUGUCAAAAUAAAGGACUUUUUUUUAAACCAA